CUAGCUUCAAUGAUAAAUACAACAUCCGGCUUGCCAGUCACUAGUACACGCAUUCAUAAUUCCGGGUUGAAUCACUGAGAGAGCCUUGGGACUAGCAAGAUCCUAUUGGGCUUGGUAUCUUUACAACAUUUAAACAAAAUAUAAAACCCAACGGGCCCCACGACUUUGAUCCCCUCCAUAUUCUUUCCUCUUUCCCUCUCGACAUAAGUAUACUUAAAGAGAACCUAAAGGGUAUAACGGAGGCGGCAGCGACUCUAAAUAGUUGUUUGCCGUACUAUCCUUCGGUCCACACCAACCUAUACCCUAUACCCUAUACCCUAUACCCUAUAAUACAUAUAUAUUGUAUCUAUCUCGAUAGCGGAUGUGUGUCGAAGAUAUCGUCUAAGCGUAACCAUCGUUCUCCCUAAAGCAUAUGCUAACAGCCGAAACUCCUGUAACGCAAAGUAAGUUUGUCAAUCCCGAACAAGACGUCGCCGAAUACUAAUAACAGGCAGCACCCAGCUAUUCCUCCUUGCCUUAACUAAUAACGACCAUCCUUCUUAACCUAUACUUAACCUACACGACCUUAUUACCUUUUACUAAACAUGUCUCCUAAAACGUCAGGCUCUACCAAUGCCGUCCUCGCCGACCGAAGCUCCGAACCGGACCGGGAGUGCGAUGGCGGAGAGGCCUCUGACUCCUUUUAUAUCGACAACUUCACCGAGUACCGCCCCCCUCACCUCAACGACGGAAACUUCCCUUGUACACGACCUAACGGCUCUGCCACUCAACCUAGGCGGUGCCUCCUAAUUAAAAACAUGCAUCGUAUCAACAACGACACUGAGCACGUGAUGACUGAUGGCGACGCGAACUACACCUUCAUGCAAUACGCAUCGUCAUCCUCUAACACGGACACCACCUUAAAGCAUGGUGACCCUUUCGUGUCUCGGCCCGACUUGGGCUACUACAUCAACCACAACUAUAUCGGUGAUGAUAGUGCCCAACCCUUGACCACGGCAGCCAUCGCCGCGCUCGACUACACCAACGAAACCCAGUCUUUUGACGGUAAUGUCUAUGGCUGGCUUCCCCGAGUCGGACGUGCUGAGCAGGUCGACCCAGUCGACUACUGGAGCACCACCCACUUGAUGACCAAAGCUCCCAAGAGCCGCACCUCGAUGGCGACUAGCAUGUCGUGGUGCGUUGUCCCCUCGGCCCAUGAGCACUAUGAUGCCGAGAUGCUUCGCGACGUCGGACGCUGGUCCGAUAUCCCUACCGACCCUGUUACCGCCAAGGCGAGGAACAUUCGAGACGAAGACGUGUCCGAAGCUUAGGGGCGAUGAUGUUGAUGACGAUGACGAUGAAUAAUAACAUGGGCGGUGUUGUAUACUAUACUUGGACCGGCGUUCGGGGGGGGUAAACUCGAGAGAA